CUGUCAGCAUCAGGCCACCAUAAUACAGCGCUGUAUGAAUACGGUCUGACCAGAUGGUCUAAUUAAAUCCUAAAUGACUCGUGGGGCAAAUGGUAGGGGGGUCAAAGCAAAAGCUACUGGCUUUGUGCAGAGGGUAUUUUCGCUUCCCCAGUGAAAAUAUUAACAGCAUCCCAUUGGAAAAGCAAGGUGAGGCACUGUCCAGGAAAGUGCGUGCUGCUCCUGUGCCCUUCACUCGGACACGGAAACCCCCAGAGGAGCUGAACUUCGGAGGCAGCGCAAUCCAGAGCCAGACCCCUCAGUUCCGGGGGCACUGCGGGAAUAACAGCGAACGUGAAGAGGCGCGCCACACGCGCACCCUCCCCCAGACUCGGGGCUCUGAAAUGAUUUAGGAAAGAGCCGAGGCCGUUCAAGACGGCACCGGAGUGCAUCCUUCAGGGGCGGCGGGGGAGCGCACGAGGGGCGCCGGCCCGGCACGUCCCGCCCGGCGGCCCCUGAGGGCGGGCAGGCGCCAUCAGCCCCCGCGGUCCCGCCCCGCCCGCACUGCCCGGGCGGGAUGGCGGCGGCGCGGGGCCGGGUGCUCUGUCUCUUCGACGUGGACGGGACCCUGACGCCGGCCCGGCAGAAAAUCGAGCCGGAGGUGGACGCGUUCCUGCGGGAGCUGCGGCAGAGGGUGCACAUCGGCGUGGUGGGAGGCUCCGACUAUGCCAAGAUAGCCGAGCAGCUGGGGGAAGGGGACGAAGUCAUUGAUAAGUUUGACUACGUCUUCGCAGAGAACGGCACAGUGCAGUACAAGAACGGGCAGCUGGUCUCCAAGCAGGCCAUUCAGGACCACUUGGGGGAGGAGCUGCUGCAGGAUCUGAUCAACUUCUGUCUCAACUACAUGGCGCUGCUGAAGCUGCCCAAGAAACGAGGGACCUUCAUUGAGUUUCGCAAUGGAAUGUUGAACAUCUCCCCCAUUGGCCGCAGCUGCACCCCGGAGGAGAGAAUCGAGUUCUCCGAGCUGGACAAGAAAGAGCGGAUACGGGAGAAGUUUGUGGCAGCCUUGCAGAGGGAGUUUGCUGGCAAAGGCCUGCGUUUCUCUCGAGGUGGCAUGAUCAGCUUUGAUGUGUUCCCAGAGGGCUGGGACAAGCGCUACUGCCUCAAUGUGCUCGACGACGAGAGAUUUGACACCAUCCACUUCUUUGGGAACGAGACAACCCCUGGAGGGAACGAUUAUGAAAUCUAUGAUGAUCCCCGCACUGUAGGACACAGUGUCCAGUCCCCGCAGGACACGGUCCAGCGAUGCCGUGAAAUCUUCUUCCCAGAAAGAGCAAACGAGUGCUGACUGCCCACUCCCUGCAGCCCUGCCCCGCUCCCACCCUCUCCCCCCACCAGGAAAAGCACCUUCAUGUGAGGAAUCUGCUCAGGGUAGACCAAGCAAACACUUGACAGAGCUGGUCAGGAUGUAACACGUGAGUGUGGGUGGGAGGCAGGAGCGGCCCUUGGCUGAGCAGCCCCUCAGUGCUCCCCGUGUGGGGCUGGGGGUCAUGGCACCAGACCCUCCUCGCCUCCAGAGAAGCUUCUCUCUUGACAGUUCAGCUGUGCUGGGUGGUGAUGCAGAGGCUUUUGUGGUCAGAAAGUGUUUGAAAGGGCCAAAGAGUGAGAGUGUGUCCGUCCUGCACUCCCUCUCCACUCCUCUCCUUUUCCACUCACUUUGUCAUAACACUUGUUCAUGAGGGAACGUGUGGCUCGCCUUUCUCUGCCCCUUGCACCUUGGCCAGAGAGGCUGGGGCUGCUGAGGCUCAAGGAAUUCACCAGAACUGCUCCAAGGCAGGAGGCCAGGAAGGCUGUUUGCUCCAAGCCUGUGGUAGGAAGGAGUAGCUGAGAUCCCAGCUUGUUGCACUGUUGUACUUUCUAAUGGAGAGGUCACCGUGUCCUUCCCCUCAGUGCCACAGUGUGCCAGUUCCUCCCUGCAGAUGACCUGGGAAUGAUAGUUUUAACAUGGCUGGGCUGCUGCUCUGAGCUUUGCUCAGGUGCAUAAAGAAACCAAUUCUCUUUAGCUUACAAAAACCACCUAGGGUUUAUUUCCUAUACUAUUCUCUAUUUUCAAGUCAGACCUUGCUUGGCACAGCUGGAGGAUCCUGGCACUUCAUGCUAUGGAACAGUUUGGGGUAGAAGGAUUUCCAGUGGUCUUCUCACUCCUGCAUCCAUUGAGCAUCACAGAAUCACAGAAUUGUUAGGGUUGCAAGGGACCUCUGGAAAUCAUCUAGUCCAACCCUCCUGCCAAAGCAGGGUCACCUUGAGCAGGUGCCAGGAAUGUGUCUGGGUGGGUUUUGAAUGUCUCCAGAAAGAUUCUGGGCAGCCUGUUCCAGUGCUUUGCCACCCUCAGUGUAAAGUUCUUCCUCAUGUUGAA